AUGGUCUGUGCACCAAGUGGGAUGAAGACUAGGGCGUCUUACCGCAACCAAACUCGUGUUCAGGCUGACGGCACUAUAUUUGCCGGUCUCAUCUCUAGCGAACAGCAGGAGCUCGAAGAAGGGGAAGUGAUAGAUGAGGUACAGAUUGAGGAUUCGGACCAAGAGAAGAACUCUGAACAGAGGACUGACCCAGCUAUCACCAUGACUAGAGGCUUUGGACCGACCACGUCUACUCCAAAACCAAUGAACCAGGUAAACUCUAACGUUACUAUUGGUGUGAGCAGCUCACAGUGUGACAGACAAGUGAGUAACACAACUCUGACUGAUUUGAUUACAAAAACAAUAGAAAAAUCGUUGAAAUUGAAUAGUACAGUAAAUAAUGUAACGCGGUCGGGUGACAAUUCAAUAAGUAUUGACUUUAAUCAUAACGAAUCGAACGUACUCCGUAGGUAUACGUUAACUAAAAAGACUAGGUACGAGACUUUCGAAAAUUACUUGUUUACCGAGUUGAAAGCAAAAAGAUUAUUCUAUGUGUUAAACGACUCAGAUAGGAAAGAGGUAGAUGAAUUAAAACUAGAGUCUGAUGAUGUAAAGGUAAAGGAUAUAAUCAUCAAUCAUAUUCAUGAAGAAUAUAAUGACCGUUUUUCUCAUAUAUCUAAUCCAAUUGACUUAAUCAAGGAAAUUAAAAAGAUUAAAUUGCAAGAGAUAAGAUUAACUAAACACGUUGCUUAUAAAAACUUAAUUAAUAUCAAAUACGACUGUAAUAAAGAGACAGGUUUUGAUUUUUGCGCGAGAUUUGACAAUACCGUUAGAAUCUAUGAAGCUCAUAUUCAGGGAAAGAAAGUAUCUGAAGAUGAGCAACGUAGUCUGUUUAUUAAUGCUGUCAGACGAACAGUGAGAGAUGUAGUAACGGCCGACUGUAUGAGAGAGACAGAAGGCAAAAAUACUUUUGAUCUAGCAAAACUAAGAUGCUUGUUUUUGCAGCAUGCUCCGAGAAAGACUGGCCACCACAAAGACCUGCCGAACGCCAUGAAUACACGACCUGAUCGAGAACGGCCUGCGCACAACUUGUGCUUCAACUGCGGAAGCAACGGGCAUCAUAAAAAGAACUGCAAAACUCCAGCUGGAACCUUGUUCUGCUACAAGUGUCAGCAGCCAGGGCAUAUCCAGAGAGAAUGUACUUCAGGGGAGCCGGGUCUGUCCUUCGUAAAUACGAAACGACAGAGGGAGAAUGAGACGUCGAACGACCGACUGGAUAAAAGACCUCGGUACGACAACGACCGAUCAAAGCACUCCAGUUCUGAACCUGGAAAUUUAUACUCAGGACAGAGUGGACGUGGGAGAGGAGGAAGCAGCGGCUCUGCUCGUGGAGGUCGUCAGAACUCAUCUUUCUCUACUCAGCAGCGUAAAAGUAAUCAGGGUAAACAAACUAAAAAGAAAAGUAGUAAGCGACACUCGGCACACUGUUGCGAAUGUGAUGUGAGUGAAUCUGAGGUAGAAUCAGAUAAGGAAUCAGAUAAUGUAGCUCUUGCGGACUCGGGCGCGAGAAGUGGCAAUGUAGAAUUAGUUUUAAAAGACGGGAAAAGAGUAAUACUAGAUAAAGUAAUUUAUGCUAAAGACUUGGCUAAAAAUCUAAUCUCGCUUAGACGAUUCGCUGACAAAGGCUUAAAAAUUUAUCUUGAUAAUAAAAGGAUAAAUAUUUAUGAUCCAAAGAGUAGGCAGACUGUAAUUUCCGGUUUAUAUAAACGACCGUUUUGGGAAAUAAGUCUUGACAUGUCAGGUGUAAAUAAUAACUCGGAAACUAAUUCUAAAUCUAAUAGCGUGUUUGUAAAUAUUUGUAAAUUAAAUUCAGAAAGUUUUCAAUCUAAAAAGGAAACAGUAGUAGCUAACAUUACGACACGUCGCGGUACAGUCACUCAAGGAAAACCCAUGCCCGAACGAAUAGAAAAAGAACACUCUAAUGUAAAUAAUAGGCUUUUGUGUACGUUACUUGAUAGACAGGUAGUAAAAGCGAGCAACUCAACUUACGACAAGUUGAAAGGCACCAAAGCGACCGAAAUUGAAAGACUUAAGAAAUUAAACACGGUCAUGCUUUGGCAUACCCGACUGGCACACAUGUCAGCGAAAUAUUUAAAAGAAUAUACUAAAGCACACCCUGAGAUCAAGGACUUUAGUAAGUGUGAUUUUGAUGAAGGAUUAAAAGAAUGCGAUGUAUGUUUCCGAGCGAAAAUGAACAAACUUCCGUUUAGAAAAAUAAGAGAUAGGGAAAAUGCACCCCUGUUGAGAAUUCACGCUGAAAUGAUGGGUUAUAUAACUCCAGUAACUUACCCUAAACAGUAUAGGUUUAUAGUUGCAUUCGUUGAUAGUUACUCUAGGUUUGCUAUGACUUAUGCCUUACGGCACAAAAGCGAUGUGCCAGGUAAACUUAAAGAGUUUAUAAUUUCAGCGAGAAAUCUCUUACGAACAGAUGCGAAAUUUUGUUAUCUGAGCUGCGAUCAGGGUACAGAGUUCACAGGAACUGAAACUCUCAAGGUGCUUAAGGAAUUUGGCGCGGAACUUCAAGCGGUAUGUCCUGGUACUCCAGAACACAAUGGGGUCGUAGAACGUUUUAAUCAAACAAUAACUAAAAGGUUGCGAGCGUUAUUACUAGACUCAGGUUUUCCACUGAGUAUGUGGGACUUAGCGUUAGGAGUAGCGACCUACGUUUAUAAUCAAAGUCCGCAUUCAACCAUUAACAUGAAGUCUCCUUUAAGUUUAUUCGCGCCAAAUCACAAAAUUAAUGCUAAUCAGCUUAAACGUUUUGGGUGUUUAACUUACGCGUUAGUCUCUGAUGGAAAGAAACUUGACGAUAGAGCGAUACAAACAUAUUUGAUAGGCUAUCUACCGACUGGUUACAUAGUAUUUGAUUCCGACACUAAAAAGUUAAUCGAAACGCGUGAAGUUAGAUUCGUGGAAAGGUACACGUAUGGUGAUAAACAUAAAAAUGAUAAAGAAAACAUUGAAAAUUUAAUAAUAGAAAGAAACGAUCCAAUUAAAGAAAAAGAAAAGGAAACUGAGGAAAUCUCAGAAACUGAGGGAGUAACUGAAUCCACUCCUAAAAGAAGAAAAGUAGGUAGGCAUAGGAAAACACAGACAGUAGAACCGGUAGUGUUGUAUGCGCUAAAUAACUCGUCUGGUGAAACUGAAAAUGACAGAGACUGUGACAUCAAAUAUCACGCUCUUUUAGCCGGUAUUAUGCAAGAUCCUAAAUCUUACCGAGAAGCGAUGGCUAGGCCAGACCGAGCUGAAUGGAAAAUUGCAUUUGACACCGAGAUUGAUGCAAUGAUCAAAAACAAUGUUUUAGAAUUAUAUAAAAGAGCCGACAUUGCGACAACGACAGCUAGACCUAAUAUAAUAGAUACUCGCUGGGUUUGUAAAACUAAAAUAAAUGUAGACGGUACUAAACUAAAACGAACACGACUAGUUGCGCGUGGAUUCAGAGAUAAAAACUUUUAUGACUUGCGCGAAACUUAUGCACCCGUAACACGAUUACCUUUAAUUAGAAUGAUGUUUUCAUAUGCCGAUAAACAUGACUUAAUAAUGUAUCAGAUGGACGUGAAGACUGCAUUCUUGAACAGUGACGUAAUAGGAGAAGUUUAUAUAGAAAUACCCGACGGUUUUCCUAGUGCGGAUAAAGAAAGAAAAGAAUACAUAUACAAAUUAAAGAAAUCGUUGUACGGACUCAAAACUAGCCCUAAGAGUUGGUAUGAAUUGUUCGCCAACACAAUGAAAGAUUUUAACUUUAAAACAACUAGGAACGAGCCGUGUCUAUUCGUUUAUAUAGUUGAUAGUGUAUUGAUAGUUCUUUUACUUUAUGUAGAUGACAUAAUUAUGAUAGGAAAUAAUCAAAAAGCGUUAGAUGAACUUAAAAUUAAAUUAGCUGAGAAAUUCGAGAUGAAAGAUUUAGGAGAACCAAGAAAGUACUUAGGAAUAACUAUUACACGUGACAGACAGACUAAAACUAUAGAACUUAAUCAAUCAAAGUUUAUCGACAGGAUGCUCGAAAAAUUCGGGUAUAAAGACGCUCAUCCGCAAAACUCGCCAAUGGUAACUUCACAGGUAAAUAAUAGAGAGAGAAGAGAAAGAGAAAACGAGGAAAUGACCUAUAGCGUAAAUGAACUUAGUGAAUACUCGAGACAAAACGCGCGAUAUAUGAUGACAGAUGAAGAGUAUCAACGAGUACUUAACGACAGAGCUGAACGGUUCAAUCUGAAUGCUCAGACUGAAAGCAAACUGGCAACCGAAUAUCGCUAUCCAGAGACUGCUCCAGUGCCGCAUGCACAUCGACCGACUCGAACAGAAGGAUACGCCACCGAGUGGUACAAUCGUAAUCAAACUGCCCAAGAUGAGGACGAGAGCUGGGACUGA